UACUCCUACAAACAAACCAGUAGAAAACCAGAUACCAAGCAAUGUUCCUUCGAGUUCAACCCAACAAAGCAACACCAUUUUUUUUUAACUCUUCCCUUCAAGCAUCUUCCUUUUAUUUUUCAUCCAAAUUUUCCAAAAAAUCAACAUCUGGAAUAUUUAUUCAACCAGGAAUUGUAUUGGAGGCCAGAAUCUGGUAAACCAUUCUAACACCUUUAAUAACAAACGUUUACCGGAUGGUGCGAAUAGUGGACGCAACAGCGAUGUUGAUUCGGAACUCAAUACCUUCAAUAUCCACAGCUGAUACGACAUCUUCUGCCACAACAUCGUUUGCAUCAGUACCACCGCCGCCGUCGUCGUCGUCAUCAAUAUUCACAAAUUACCCUUUGAUUUCAGCUGUCUUAGCUUUCGCUCUUGCUCAAUCUUUCAAGUUCUUGACCUCCUGGUAUAGGGAAAGACAUUGGGAUCUCAAGCAACUUGUCGGAUCGGGCGGUAUGCCAUCAUCCCAUUCAGCAACUGUUAUUGCCUUGGCGAUAGGUGUAGGUUUGCAAGAGGGCUUUGGGGGAUCUUUGUUUGCUACUGCAUUGAUCUUAGCAUGUGUGGUAAUGUAUGAUGCAACUGGUGUGCGACUGCAUGCUGGACGCCAAGCAGAGGUCCUAAACCAAAUUGUCUGUGAACUUCCAGCUGAACAUCCUCUUUCUGAGAGCAGUCCAUUGCGAGAACUUCUUGGCCACACCCCACCUCAGGUUGUUGCGGGUGGAUUACUGGGAAUUGUAACAGCAACAAUGAUCCAUUUGAUCUUUGGCCCUGGUAAGCAAGCAUGAUGCUCGAGUAGGUAUGAUUGGGCAAUACUUGCAGCGGUCCAUAUGUGAAGACUGCAACUACAAACCUUUUUGAAUCUGAAAUGCUGAAGAUGUUGUAUGUAAAACAAUAUGCACAUACCCGUACUAGAUGCCUCCCUUUCCAUUGAAAGGGUAUAUAAAGAUCCAUUUGUUGACAUGCGAUCCACGAUUUGUUCGCAUAGUAAAUAUGGAGAGUUUCUACCAGGAACUGGUAGUAUCUUCUCCAAUUACCAACUUGCUUAGUACAAUACUUCUUGCAGCUAUCAGAAGUUAGUUGCUAGAGAGCCAAAGUUCGUCUUUUGGAGAUGUCAAGUGCAACAAGAUGAGUACUUGUUUAUCCAGUUAAUUGUUUUUGACA